AUCAAAUUCGAAGUUCAAAAGAAUGUGAAAAUCAAAUAAAAUGACACUAAAGUCUCCGAGUUGUCUCAUUUUUCUCCUUUUAUUCUUAUUUUCUUCAACUGUGAACUCUCAAAAAUUAGCUGUAGUGGUGAUUGAUGGACUAGCUGCAAACACAUUUUAUAAAUUUUCCCACUUAUCAGUUUUUCGGACUUUUGAAGAAGAAGGAGUUUGGUCGACAAAAGUGUUCCCGGUUUUUCCAACUUUUUCGAUAUCCAAUAGGCAUUCUUUGUUAACCGGAACCCUUCCACGACGACAUGGAAUCAUUGGAGAUUAUAUUAAUAAUUGGAAAGACAAUCUGAAAUUUCAAAACUUCACUGCUGAUUCGGAUUUUUCGAGAGAUUGGUGGUCAAUUGAUCCAAUUUAUAUAUCUGCCCUUCGGUCAUCUGCAUCCGUUGCAAUGUUCUUCUUUCCGGAAUGUGACGUGGAUUGGGACGUGGCACCACAAAUAUGCGUUCCACCAAGAACUGAUGGAAAAACAUUUGCAGACGAGUCACAAGCAAAACGAGUUAUUCAGGCGACUAGAGAACACGAUCUAACUCUCAUCUACCAUCCAUGGAUUGGAGAAGAAAUUCGCCGAAAAGGUGUUCAUCACACAAAUGAAAAACAUUCGAAAGAGGUUCUUCGCUUUGCUCAAAGCCUGGAACGAUUGACGGCACAAGCACGAGAGCGUGUCGAUUUGAAUGUGAUUGUUGUAUCGACACACGGAUUUAUUGAUGUUCCACGGAAGAAUAUUAGAGUAAUGGAUGAGUAUGUGCCAAUGGAACUAAUCGAAACAACUGUGGGAAGUGGUGCAAUCAAACAAUUACAAGUGAAAAAAGGAAAAACUCACCAAGUCUACAGUCAACUUCAUGAUCAUAAUCCAAUUCCAAAUGUUCAUGUUUAUUACACAACACCAAAAUCUGGGAACUUACCAGAUCAUUAUCAUUUCAAGAAAAGCGAUAUUGUAGCUGAUCUUGUUCUUCUUGCUGAUCCUGGAUAUGCGGUGGUUACUAAAGACGAGAAAAAACAAUUUCCAAAACCAAAACUGCAAGAAAUAACUGCUGCAAUUGAUGGGUAUAACAAUGAAUUGCCUGAUGUAUUGGGAGUCUUUUUAGGUUAUGGACCAGCGUUCCGCGUCGGCUUCCGAAAAGGACCAAUACAAUUGUUUGAUGUGUAUUCUCUAAUGUGUUCACUGUUAUCAAUUGAAGAAUCAUGUAAUCAUACACCGGGUCGGAUACUUCGAAUCGAUGACGUACUCACUUCAGAUGCUCGGGUAUCUAUUCGAAAUCCCAUUUCAUUAAUAUCAACUGUUUUUUCUGUAAUUCUUGUUAUUCUGUUUUCUGUUGUUAGAUCCGUUUAUUAGAUUGUAAAACAUAAAAUAAAUUUUAAAA